AUGGAGAUAGCUGGCCGAAGGAGGUCAGAAAUGCGCAGAUCAAGGUUCGGCACCUCCGCGGCAGCAUCUGUGGCCUUGGCGGCCUUGGCGGCCUUGGUGUCUCUCAGGUCCUUGGCAUUUCUGGGGCUGCAACCAUCAGCAGUUGGACAAAGCCGCCGUCACAUAGUGGCCUCGGGUGGCCUCCUUGGAGCCUUGGCCGUGGAGGCCUGGAUGCCCAGCGCGGCUGAAGCCUUGGGCUCUCGAGACCGUCGUGUCGCGUAUCCACCGAUCAACAAGAACGACCCGAAUCGGUGUGAGUGGAGGAAUUCACAGAUUGCCCAGGCAAGUGCACAGCGCGACAAGCUCUACGACCUCCGAGAGUGCAAUCUCUCAGGCUCCAAUGCAGCUGACAAGGAUGUAGCAGGAGCUCUCAUGAACAAGGGGGACUUCUCCAACGUGAAUUUUGAGAAUGCAGUGUUGACCAAGGUUUUAGCAACAGAAGGCUGCUUCGAAGGGGCCAAUUUCAAGAACGCGGUCGCGGACCGCAUGGACCUCACAAAAGCCAACUUGAAGAAUGCAAUUUUCAAGAAUGCUUUGCUGACAACGUCCAGCUUUGAGGAGGCAAACCUGGAAGGUGCUGAUUUCACCGAUGCCUUCUUGGACAGUCAGAGCGUCAGGGUCAUUUGCAACAACCCGACAAUGAAAGGAACCAACCCAGUGACGGGUGCUGAUACUUAUCUGAGUGCAGGCUGCGACAUCCAGGAUGCGGGAGGAAUCCCGCUUCGCUGA